CAAAAACGACAAAUAUUGCAGAAAGUAAAAUUUCUGUUAUUAAUGUUCAAGAUGGAUGAGUAUGGUCCCAAUCAGCAGCUUAUUCUAGAAGCGCUCAAGCUACCUGAACUAGAUACUAAUAUUCAAAUUCUAAAUCAGGAUCUAGUUUGUCUGCUCUGCGAGGAGAAAUUCUCCGACUUAUCUCAGAUUAUCUUAAAGGAUGCUGUAGAUGGAUCCCAUAUACCUGAAGUGUUGGAGGAAUGUAAAAAAGAAGAAAAUGGUGAAAAGACUUCAGUUGAUGUUGAAGGUUACACGGAAGACAUGAAGAAGAGUGGGAAAGAUUUACUACUCCAACAUCUUCUCUUAACUCACAGUUUUGUUAUUGCAGAUGUUCAGCUGAUUGCAGAUUUUCCUCAGUAUGUUAGGUAUUGGAAGAACAAAUUCAACGACAAGCCCGUGACUGCCUACUGUACCUCUUUACGAGCAGAGGUCUCAACCCAGACCACCGAAGCUGGAACAGUAAAAGAAAUGCGCGAUUUCUCCCUACUUUCUGAUAUAGUUCCUGAGGACAAGGAGCUUCGGAAGAAAUUGCAGCUUGAACGGUUGGAACAAGUUCUAAAAAUCCACGAGCAAGAAAAUGGCAGCCAACAAUUUUCCCGCAUUUGUUUGUAUUGUAAAAAAGUUUUUAGUCAGCAUUCUAAACUCUUUGAUCACAUGGCUUUCGAUCACAACUUCAGCGUUGGCCAGCCAGCAAACCUAGUCUUCGUAAACAAGUUGCUGGACCUGCUGCAAGGGAAGUUGGAUGGGUUGGUCUGUCUGUACUGUGAGAAGGUGUUCAAGAGUAGGGAGGUGCUGAAGGAGCACAUGAGGAAGAAAGGGCACAAGAAGCUCAAUCCACACAACAAGAUGUAUGAUGAGUUCUAUUUAGUGAACUAUCUUGAGUUUGGUAAGAACUGGGAGGAUAUCUCUAGGGAGGGGGGAGAGGAGGAAAUUGUCUCAGGGUUCGAUGUUGAUCAGGAUGAUAACUACGAGUGGAGUGAUUGGAAGGAUAAUGUAGGCCGGGUCAUCUGCUUGUUCUGCCCGGCCAGCUACAAUCAGAACCAGGAUCUGUUCCUUCAUAUGGAGGAGGUUCAUGGAUUUAAUUUUACUCAAAUUAAACAGGAUCUUAAAUUGGAUUUCUACCAGCAAGUAAAGAUGAUUAAUUAUAUCAGAAGAUGUGUUCAUUUAAACACAUGUAUAGGAUGUAGCGAGGUAUUCCCUACCCGGGAUUUGAUGUUGGAGCAUCUUAAUUGGAGUAAUCAUUAUACUCCACAACCUGGAGACUGGAACCAACCUCAAUUUUUCUUCCCAACAUACGAGAACGAUAAUCUACUUCAUUGUCUAGAGGAUGAUAAUGAGAUGUCUAGUGUUCCAAUAGUUGCCGAGGAACUUAAAACUGAGAUCUCUGAUUCUAUACUUCAAGACGAGCUUGUUAGAAUAUCUCUCGGCAAACGAAAUUUAUGAGAUACAUAAUAAUAAAUUAAUAAUAGUUUCAAUUGAAAUGUGAAAUUUGUUUCGCGAAAAUUAAAGUUGUCGCAUAUUUUUUUCUCACAAAAUUCCGCAUCGUUUUCGCUUCGUUUCGAAAAAUUCAUUUUUGCCAUAAAGUUUUCAAUUUACUUAAGUAAUUUUUCGCGAAAUUUUGCAUUUUUUCGCGAAAGUUUUCGUUCGCUGGAAAUCCUAAAUGUAAAAUUUGGAGUUGGAAAACAGAAAAUUAGACAUUUAAAUCAUAGAAGAUUCAAGUCAAUUUCUUUUUUUAUAAAAGAAAAGGUUUAAACGGAUGAAGAUCCUGGCUCAGUAUAUAAACUGGAAAAAUGAAAAGUAUUUGAAGGGGUAUUUUAAUUUCAUUUUGUUGCGCAUGAAGAAUUUAUGAACAUUCAAGAUUUAAUCUUUUAUUAAAUCUUUUAUUUAAUCUUUUAUUAAAUGUCCUUUUUUAUGCUAAACCUCAAUAAACGAUUCAAAGUUU